AUGACAGAAAGUAUGGGUAGAUUGUGGCUUCUGGCACUUUAUGGGUGGUUUUGUGCUGUCUGUCAUACUGCGCCACAGUGGGGUGUUCAGCCCAAGGGGCCUCCAGCUGCAGUCUUGCGUCAAAGUCCAAAACAAGGGGGGCUUCUAGCUCAGAAUCCACAAGCGCUUGUGUUCCAGCCAAAUGAUCAGCGGUUCAUACCUCAGCAGGCUCCACAAUGGCUACUUCAACAACAAGGAGGGAUUCCAGCCCAGAGUUCUCAAGCUCCUUUGUUCCAGCCAAAUGAUCAGCGGCUUAAACCUCAGCAGGCUCCACAAUGGCUACUUCAACAACAAGGGGGGAUUCCAUCCCAGAGUUCUCAAGCUCCUGUGUUCCAGCCAAAUGAUCAGCGGUUCAUACCUCAGCAGGCUCCACAAUGGCUACUUCAACAACAAGGGGGGAUUCCAUCCCAGAGUUCUCAAGCUCUUGUGUUCCAGCCAAAUGAUCAGCGGCUUAAACCUCAGCAGGCUCCACAAUGGCAACUUCAACAACAAGGAGGGAUUCCAGCCCAGAGUUCUCAAGCUCCUGUGUUCCAGCCAAAUGAUCAGCGGUUCAUACCUCAGCAGGCUCCACAAUGGCUACUUCAACAACAAGGGGGGAUUCCAUCCCAGAGUUCUCAAGCUCUUGUGUUCCAGCCAAAUGAUCAGCGGCUUAAACCUCAGCAGGCUCCACAAUGGCAACUUCAACAACAAGGAGGGAUUCCAGCCCAGAGUUCUCAAGCUCUUGUGUUCCAGCCAAGUGAUAAGCGGCUACCUCAACAGACUCCGCAACAGCAAACUCAAAAGUAUCCACCCAAGCAGCCUGCACCACAGGCAGAGCCUCUAGACAAGUGUACUGUAGCUGAUUAUGAGCAGAUCCAAUGUGGACAACCUGGUAUCAGUGCUGUGGAAUGUGAAACUAUAAAUUGCUGCUUCAAUGGACAGCAGUGCUACUAUGGGAAGGCAGUGACUGUCCAGUGUAUUCGAGAUGGCCAGUUUGUGGUUGUGGUGGCUAGAGAUGUUACACUUCCGCAGCUAAGCCUGGAUACGGUCCGUUUGUUGGGUGGAAGUGACCCACCAUGCGCUCCAGUUGGGUCCACCUCAUCUUUUGCCAUCUACCAAUUCCCUGUCACUGCUUGUGGCACAAGCAUGAUGGAGGACAAUGGAUAUGUAGUGUAUGAGAACAGAAUGACAUCGUCCUAUGAAGUGGGGAUUGGACCACUUGGAUCCAUCACAAGGGACAGUCAAUUUGAGCUUCUCUUCCAGUGUAGGUAUUCCGGCAGUGCUGCUCAAGCUCUAGUUGUGGAGGUCAACACCAUUCCUCCUCCUCCACCUGUAGCUGCUCCUGGACCGCUCCGAGUGGCGCUUAGGCUGGCUAAUGGACAAUGUGUCACUAAAGGAUGUGCUGAAGAGGAUGCAGCGUACACCUCCUACUACAGUGACUCGGAUUACCCUGUCACAAAAGUCCUGCGAGACCCAGUGUAUGUUGAGGUGAAUGUUUUGGAGAGGACUGACCCAAAUCUUGUCCUGACUCUGGGACGUUGCUGGGCAACAUCAACCCCUGAUCCCCUCAGCCUACCUCAGUGGGACCUUCUAGUUAAUGGAUGCCCUUACCAGGAUGACCGUUACCUGACUACACUGGUUCCUGUGGAUGUCUCCUCUGGUCUUCAGUUCCCAACCCACUACAAGCGCUUUAUUGUGAAGAUGUUCACAUUUGUGGAUCCUGCGUCACUAGCUCCUCUGCAGGAAACCGUCUUCAUCCACUGUAGUACAGCAGUGUGCUAUCCCUCUUCCACUGGCUCCUGUGAGCAGCGCUGCGGCAGGCAAAGAAGGGAUGUUCAUUUCAAGAUGACUUCUAGUGGAGAAACCGUGGUUUCUAGUGGAGGAGUUACUCUGGUCAUGCCUUAAAAUUGUCUAUAACCUGU